AUGGACUGCUGCUUUCAGCAAUCUGCUUCGAGCACCGGAAACAUCAGCAACAGUAGGGAGGCUCGGUUGCUUGUUCAGUUUUUGUGCGCAUAUUUGAUCUACGUGGCGACGUGGUCAUGGUGGCUAUGGCUGCCAUAUCUGCCAUUUGCAGAGUGGGUUGGCUUUAUGACGUCAACAUUCUACUAUCUCAACAAUGUGGCAAACCCGACAGUAUAUCUUAUAUUUAACAAAAGCUUGCGCCAAAAAGUGUUUCAUUUAUUUUGUCGUAAGACCAAUGAAGCAUCUGUCGUUUUCGUGUCCAUGAGAACUGCAGAGGAAAGGAAGGUUGUGUUUUACGACAAAGCCAACUCAACCCAGCCACCGACACUUUAA